AUGAUUAUAGUACUUGAUAACAAUCAUAGACAUGAUCUACAAUUCUUAAAGACAAUUGAACUCGAUGUUGUCAAGGAGUUCUGUAACAUCUCUUUAGAGUUCAUUCGUAAAGGUGAUAAUAAGAAACUAUACAUUGCAGCUUCAAAGAAGUUAGGAGCAACACCCGAUACGGUCGAGAACGUCGUGAAGGGACUGUCACACUUGUUUGUUGAGUGUUCAAGAUUCUUGCUCACAGACGCAGACUUUAGAGACUCACUCAGCGCACUAAAGUACGCCGACGAGCUUGUCGACCAUCUGAAAGAGGUCUACUUGGAGAACAGGACAGAGAUCAGAGAGAUCCUGCAGGAGCUCUAUCCACACUUUGAUCACUACGCCAACCUCGAGUGGCGUCUCGAUGUGCAGGUGGCCAACAGAAGUUUGCGCGGACAGACCAUCAAUCCAAUCUACCUGCUCAAGCUGACGACGCAGUCCGGUGGCACAGAGGACAAGAAAGAGCACCUCUUGCAGACCGAUCCAAACAAUCUCAAGCAUCUCUGUAACGAACUAGAGUCAGCGCUCAACGAAAUACGUUCCAAUGACUGUCGUCGUAUCAUGCGUAACAUCAAGUAA